AAGGAUGCAUUUAUAACAUUAAAUAAUCCAAAUAAUCGUGCAACCAAAUACUUUUACUUGACAUAUUGCACAAUGACUUUCACUACCGAAAAAGAUGGGGACUUCAUCGUGAACUGGAACGAUAACAAUUACAAUGACGCACAGAGGCGGGAACACGUCAGACGACACCUCCAGCACAUGCCUUAUAUUUCCAACGCAAAUAAUCAAAAGAUGGUUGUGUGGACAGAUUUCAAAGAAAUAUUUUUUCCUUCCUGCACUAAAAAUUGUGAUAUUGUUCUUCGGGAGCUGAAAUCGAUUCUGAAUUACCCAAAGUCAGAGAAAUUCAUGCAUCCUUGCACACCACGUGACCAUGUUGCUUUCCUUAGACAAUUCCGGUAUGUCUCUAUAGGAACGCUUCUAGUUCAAAUAAAUAAACUUGAUUAUGGUCAAGUUUCCUUGUGGGAGAGGGUGUUGAAAAAACACAUAUCUACUAGCAACGACAGGCCAUUUUGUUGUUCACCAGCCACUAAAAGCCAUUCACCUGUUCACGAAGAAGUAAGUUUCACAAUUACGAAGUUUCAGAAAACUUUUGUGGAUACAAUUCUCGAUAAGGUGAUUUCUUCACAAGAAUUUUUGGUACCAGCCCUUGAUGAAGAUAAAAGUCAAACCGGAAAUAUCAGACGGUAUAUCCCUUUGCACAUUCUGGGAAAUAUUGUACCUAUUGUACGAAAGAGGCUGGUGGACUUUUGUGGACGUAACGUGGUCAAAUUCGACAAUACCAUUAGUCGUUGCUGCUCUGCUGCAGAGGCAAGAGAGAUCACGACCUGGCAAUACAACAGACAGGGUGGCUGGGGAGGUCAGUGGCGACAUCUUACAACCCGUGAUUUGUUGGUCUCUUUUACAAGCUGUAUGAAGUUCCUUAAUAAAUAUUGCAAGGAUUUAAACGUAACCCAAACAGCAGAUAAUGAGAUAAAGAUUAAAAUGGAGAGUGGUGUCAGUAAAACAGAAGAUUUGACCAGGGCCUUUAAGGUUAGCUUCAAGGAAGUUAAAACAAAUCCAGAAAGAUUACCCCAUCUUUUCCCAAACCUUUACUGCAAUUAUCAAGAACAAACUCCCAAAGCUACAUCAAACGGGUCGACUUCGGAAUAUAAAAUGAGCAAGGCCACCUUAGAAAAAAAGCGCCAAAGAAUCAAAAGUCCUCGAGAUGGUCCAGAUAUCAAAUGGGAAUGUAAGGAAACUUCAAACCAAGGAAAAACAUUGAUGCCAACAAACUCAUCGACAGAAAAUGUAAACAAGUCAAACGUUUUACCAGAUGGUGUUACUGCCUCAUCCGCGCCCUCGAAUAGUUUUUCAGAAACUGGGAUAAUUAAAGGUGGUCAUGCAAACAGUACAGUGCAACAAAGGAGCCCGAGAAAAUCAAUUAAUUGUCCUGAAAUAAACCAAAGUAAGGAGCCACCUGCUUGCAGCAAGUCAGGUCGUCUCAACUCCGUGAAGCAUAAACUUAAGAAGUUUAAAAAUCAAAGUGUGGAUGAUAAAACACUGAUGGAUCUUGUGUCAUCGAAUCCUUUUAGACAUAGUAUUGAAUCAUUGAAAGCUAUCAGAGAACUUAAUAUGGAGAGACAGAAGAAAGAGUCAGACAUACGGACAAAUAAAACGACCGAUCAUGAAACAAUGGGGAAAGGAUAUGUGCAAGAGAAAUCAGAAAGCAAGACUGGGAGCAAACCGAAGUGGUCGAAAAAUACUGUUGUACUACCGGUCAUACCUGGAACUCGGAAAUUGAAGACCGUUUCCAAGGAUACAAGUAAUCAAAAAGUAAGGAGUUUUGAGUCAACGAAUAAUUUCCAUGACAGAAAAAAACAUUUGUCAAGCAGGUCUAACCUAAAGGAAACUGAAAAUGAGAAUUACGACAAAGGAACGAAAAAACAUGCCUCUCUAUUGAAAAACUGUUCAGAUGCAACGAUAGAUUUAUCUUCCACUGAAACAUUUUAUCUAGCUAAAACUACACAUGUGCCUACUUCUGACAAAACACAGUCUUCAGAAUGUGGACAAUCAGACACGAAGUCUCAGUGUUUCUCAGAAAACAAUUUAGGGAGAGCACAAAGAGAUAGAAUGGAAACAAGUGGAGAUUCAGCAAGAGGUUUAGUGAAUCAAGUUGGCAAAAACAUUGUGCGCAAAACAAAUCAGACUUGUUUACAGAACAUCACUAAGAAAAGGGUUUCGUUUGAAGGCGGUGGCAUUAUUCAACAAAACAUUACAGGAGCUGACUACAGUUUACCACGCGACAGAAGAGAUUCUUCAAAAGGAAUCCAAAAAUUGAACAAUAAGGGUGUUACUUAUAGCACGCUUAUCAAUGCGCAACAGCACACUGGCUUGAAGAUUGUGUCUGCGCAAGGAAGUAAGGAUAGGUGUUUGAAUUCCGUUGAGGUUUGCAAAACAUUAGAAAAGGAAAGACCUAGAUCUGAUGUGAAAGAGACUACCGUUUACGCUGUUGAUGUCACUCAAACAAAAAUCGCUACUGAUACUUUUCAUCCCAAGAAGAGAUGGGCGAAAGAUUUUCUUUCUAUUCAUAGAGACCAAAAAUCAACUAUGGCUGACGUUCAACAAAACAAGGUGGGAAGCAAAGCAUUAGAACAAAACAAGAAAAAGCUAGCUAUAGGCCAGAAUGUACAGGAAACAGAGAAAAAACAAAAUACGCCCUAUACUGUUACUGAGAAAACAGAGAAAAAACAAUAUACGCCCUAUACUGUUACUGAGAAAACAGAGAAAAAACAGAACACGCCCUAUACUGCUACUGAGAAAACAGAGAUAAAACAAAAUACGCCCUAUACUGCUACUGAGGAAACAGAGAAAAAACAAAAUACGCCCUAUACUGUUACUGAGGAAACUGUUACUGAGGCCAGGCAUGUCAACAAAAUGGUUAGCAACGGCGAGUCAGUUGACCAAGCUAUAAACAAAAAUGUUACCGAAUUAUUCCUUCUGCAAGACUCGAACGUUGACCACGAAGAAGUGAUUGACGAGAAACUUCGCGAGGAUGUAAUAGUAAUGAAUGAAUCUGACCUAUCCUUAUAUCCACAGGAAACAGACUUUGUGUCAGAGACAGACUUCAACGACAAAUUUAGAGUCGAUACAUCAACGGGGGAUGACGUGGUAAUUAUCUAUUAUAAAACAAACGAAAGCAAAGAAAUGAAAAAAGAGAAACCUGAUGAAAGCAAGAGCUCUCACGAGCUUCAAGACACACGUGUAAACAGUUUAACAGAGGAAAGUGGAAAAACAAAGAAAAUACACACGGAUGGAAAAGGAUCCAAAUCGGAAACAGCCACAGAUGUUGAUCCUUACAUUGAAACAGAGAUUGGGGAUUCGGAAUCUAGUCAUUUGGAUGCAAAAAAAGGAAAAAAUCUUGAGAAAAGCAAGAAAAGAAGGAAAAACAGUACAGAAAAGAAAGCAAAGAAAGGCAGAAAAAGAAAGCCAAAAGCUGCCAAGAGUGCUUGUUCGGUCGACUGUAAAGCCGAGGAAUUGCAGAAAGCUAUUCGAAUCCAAAAUGUUAUCGAGGAACAAAAAAGAAUCCUCGAUAUUCUGACAAGAAGGAAACCCUCGGAAUCGAGAAUUCCUCCCCAAAACAAUAGCAGAAGGUGUCAAAGUGUCAGUGAAAAUGAACUAAUUGACAUGGAAGCAGGUUUCUCAAGAGGAACACCUAGCUCGACCCCAGUUCAACUCCUAGAAAAAGUCAAACAAAGCGACGAUUCUGGAAGGAAGAAGGGGAUACGGAUUAAAAGAAAGAAUAAAAUAGAAAUCAAACAGGAAGGAGAGGGUGCACCACUUAAUUCAACAGAAAGUCAAAUAUUGUCAUCCAUAAGUACUGGAAAUAUUUAUCCAGCGCUAGGAAUCGACAUAUUUGACAUAGGAUAUGACGUGUUUCGUGAUGAUUCAGGAACAGAGACUGGGGGACUAGUCCUACAUCCGGGCUUUGUUCUUCCAUACGUUCUUGUGAAUGGCUUCCAAUACAUUGCCUUGGCAGACGCACACAAGUUGUUUCCUGGAUGCCGAAAAAAUUGUAAAAUACUGAGGAAUACAUUGAAGAAAGAGCCAGCAUUACAGCUGACUUACUGUACUUGGGAACAGCUCUAUGUAUUGGAUCUGAUCUUCUUUGCCAAAGGACGAAGGCUCGUGACGGGGGACCCGAUGAUAAGAUGUGAUAUACUGAUUGGUCGUUACCAGGAUCUACUCUGGAAGCUGACAAUAGAACAAGCAGGUCAAUCAGAUCAGCCAAUGGUGGAUGCCAGCAAGAUAAAGACAGAAAACAUUAAUUCAGUUUAUCAGUCUUAUGUCCAGUAUCCAACCACUGGACAAAAUUCCAAUCAACAACAGCAGGCUGCACCAGUCAACCAGCCUAAGUUGUCCAAUAAGAACCCAGUCAUGCAUAUUAAUGAACUCAGAAAAGGACUGGUGUAUGAUAUCAGUACUGUGACCACAACGGAGGAAAAUGUCAUCGUGAAAACAGAAGCCUCCCAAACAGAAGAUGGCCCCGGUCAGACUCUAGCAAUCACUCCAGAAACAGCCAGCAAGAAGAAGAAGAAGCAGGAAACAGCCUAUAGCUGUAAUGUUAAGGUGGAUGGAGAAAUCUUCACUGGAACUGGAAGGUCACAGAGAUGUGCCAAACUGGAGGCGUGUAAAUAUGCACUAUUAAAGAAGUUCAACAUUCUCUAUGUACCAGGUUAUGAAAAUCUUAGUGAAGAAUCCAGCAUUUUCACUGGGAUAAAGAGAAAAAAUCCAGGAGCUCCUAAUGUCCCUAAACCCAAAAAGCAGAAGAGCAGUGCUCCUAAGAAUGCCCUAAUGGUACUGAAUGAAAGGAAUCCAGGACUAAGUUACAACGUGGUGUCCCAGACUGGACCCGUGCACGCCCCGACGUUUGUUAUCUCUGUAGAAAUUGAUGGACAAACUUUCACAGGAACUGGAACUUCUAAAAAAUCAGCAAGGCUAGCAGCAGCACAAAAUGCCUGUAAUGCAUUGAACUUAGAAUAUGUUUCAUAACAGAAUUUUACACUUUUUUUAAAAGACUUUUUCAUUUGUUUUACUGCAUAGACAAAUGGAAUUUUGUAGGUACCUUGUUAAGAUUAAAAAGUUAUUGCAUGAAAAAUGAAUGGAAAAAAUGAUUGCAUGAAACAGAUAGUAGACAUAUUUACGAAAGUUUUACCAUUACUUCCAACUGAUCUUUUUUGUUAGGGAUUUUAUCACAAGGCAGUGUUUUUUAUGCCACUUAUUUGUCUAAAGAUUUGUUAAGGUUUUUAGGUUUGAUUUAAAGAGAUAUGAAAGUAUCAGUUGGUUCAUGAUGAUAUUUAUGUUAAUUUUGUCCUCCUAAAUUUGAGGAGACAUUGUCUGUCAGAAAAUGACAUCCAAGUAUGGUGGGCCAUGACCUAAAAGUAAAUUAUGAAGAUGAUAUCUCAAAGGUGAAGGUCACAGAAGGGGACAGAUGAGACAUGUGUGUACAUGUAUAUUAUUGAAAGGCUGUGUUUUCAAAUGAAAGUGUGUUGUUGGUUUCUGUGUACAUGAACCUUAAUGUUUUGUCAAAUAUUGGAAGAUGAAAUUUAAAUCAGGAUGAUAGGGCAUAUUGUUAUUUACCAAUUGUAUCAUUGAAUCUCACAGAACAAAGGAAAAUUCUUUAAUCUGUAUUGCAUUCCUUGGGAACAAUCAGAAAUAAAAAUGAUUGAACAAUGUAUGGCUUGUUUAAUUUUGGAUGUAGUAUGAUAUUAUAAUGAACAAGUAAAAGGAGUAUAAAUUA